GGAAACUAACUCAAUUUCACACAAGGAAAGAAGAGAGCACAGAGAGGAAGAAGCCGAAGAAGAAGAGAGAGAUGGGAAGUGAUUGUAACGGCAGCUCAGCUUCCGAGUCUUUUGUGAAGAAACCCACAAUAAAGUUCACCAAGCUGUUCAUCAAUGGAGAGUUCGUUGACUCCAUUUCAGGGAAAACAUUUGAGACCAUAGAUCCAAGGACAGGGGAGGUGAUAACUAGAAUUGCAGAAGGAGAUAAGGAAGAUGUUGACUUGGCUGUGAAGGCUGCUCGCGCCGCGUUCGACAAUGGCCCUUGGCCCCGCUUUCCUGGCGCUGAGAGGGGAAGGAUAAUGAUGAAAUUUGCGGACUUAAUUGACCAACAUGUAGAAGAACUAGCUAUCUUGGAUACCGUUGACGCUGGGAGGUUGUUCAACUUUGGCAAGGCCGUAGACAUACCUCAGGUAGCAGAAAAUCUACGCUACUACGCGGGUGCAGCCGACAAAAUCCAUGGAGAUGUGCUCAAAAUGUCCCGCGAGCUUCAAGCCUAUACGUUGCUCGAACCCAUUGGUGUUUUGGGGCACAUCAUCCCAUGGAAUUUCCCAAGCACCCUGUUCUUUGCAAAGGUCAGCCCUUCCUUAGCCGCCGGGUGCACUAUGGUCAUCAAACCUGCUGAGCAAACACCUCUCUCUGCUCUGUAUUAUGCUCACCUGGCUAAGUUGGCUGGUGUUCCUGAUGGAGUGCUCAAUGUCAUAACUGGAUUUGGACAGACUGCUGGUGCUGCCAUCAGCUAUCAUAUGGACAUUGACAAAGUCAGUUUUACUGGUUCCACAGAGGUAGGGCGUUUAGUAAUGGAGGCUGCAGCAAAGAGCAACCUAAAACAAGUUUCACUUGAACUAGGAGGCAAGUCACCCCUUGUGAUUUUUGAUGAUGCUGAUAUAAAUAUGGCUGCUGACCUUGCUCUCUUGGGAGUCCUUUACAACAAGGGAGAAAUUUGCGUGGCGAGUUCUCGAGUUUUUGUUCAAGAAGGGAUUUAUGAUGAACUUGUGAAAAAGUUAGAGGAGAAGGCAAAAGCUUGGGUAGUUGGGGAUCCUUUUGAUCCAAAUGCUCGUCAAGGACCCCAGGUUGAUAAGCAGCAGUAUAAUAAAAUCCUAACCUACAUUGACCAUGGGAAGAAUGAAGGAGCCACUUUGUUAACAGGAGGAAAACCUUUGGGGAACAAGGGAUAUUACAUUGAGCCAACAAUAUUCACUGAUGUCAAGGACGACAUGCUUAUAGCCAAGGAUGAAAUAUUCGGGCCGGUGAUGGCGCUGAUGAAAUUCAAGACAAUUGAGGAGGCAAUACAGAGAGCAAACAACACAAGAUAUGGGCUAGCAGCAGGGAUUAUAACCAAGGACUUGAAUGUGGCCAACACUGUCUCGAGGUCAAUUCGUGCUGGCAUUAUUUGGAUCAAUUGCUACUUCGCUUUCGAUCGAGACUGCCCUUAUGGAGGAUAUAAGAUGAGUGGCUUCGGCAGAGACUUUGGCUUGGAAGCCCUCCACAAGUACCUCCACACCAAAUCUGUCGUCACUCCCAUUUACAACUCUCCCUGGCUUUAAAUGAUCACACUCUGCAAGUUGGCAGAUGAUUGGGAAAUCACAUCAUUUGUAGCAACUUGAAUAAUGCAAUAAACUACUAAAUUCAAUAUAUAUCUGUAUUUUUAUGAGGGAAUGGAAAUGUCAGAUU